CAGAUUAUCCGGCCGCGCCCUGUCAUGUCCAGCAGCUUCCAUUCCAUCAUCCUUCGGCCAGCCUCCAAUCCCGGCCCCGUUGCCAGGGCCCAGGGCUGGGCUAUAUCUAUAUAUAUACAUACAGCUGCCACAAUGCAACUCACUCGAGAUCAGUAGUGUAGUAGUACAACACAGACAGACAUUCAGAGGAGCAGCAGGAGAGGCUCGAUCCAGAACUAACAGCAAGAAGAAUGCCGGUGAGCAGGAUCUCCGUGGGCGCUCCGGGCGAGCUGUCCCACCCCGACACCGCCAAGGCCGCCGUCGCCGAGUUCAUCUCCAUGCUCAUCUUCGUAUUCGCCGGCUCCGGCUCCGGCAUGGCCUUCAGCAAGCUCACCGCUGGCGGCGCCACCACUCCUUCUGGCCUCAUCGCCGCGGCUCUGGCGCACGCCCUGGCCCUCUUCGUGGCCGUGGCCGUGGGCGCCAACAUCUCCGGCGGCCACGUCAACCCGGCCGUCACGUUCGGCGCCUUCGUGGGCGGCAACAUCACCCUCCUCAAGGCCGUCGUCUACUGGGUGGCGCAGCUGCUGGGCUCCGUCGUCGCCUGCCUCCUCCUCAAGAUCGCCACCGGCGGCGAGGCCGUGGGAGCCUUCUCGCUGUCCGCCGGCGUGGGCGCCUGGAACGCCGUCGUCUUCGAGAUCGUCAUGACCUUCGGCCUUGUCUACACCGUGUACGCCACCGCCGUGGACCCCAAGAAGGGCGACCUCGGCGUCAUCGCGCCCAUCGCCAUCGGCUUCAUCGUCGGCGCCAACAUCCUCGCCGGCGGCGCCUUCGACGGCGCCUCCAUGAACCCCGCCGUGUCCUUCGGCCCGGCCGUCGUCAGCGGCGUCUGGGAGAACCACUGGGUGUACUGGCUCGGGCCCUUCGUCGGCGCCGCCAUCGCCGCGCUCGUCUACGACAUCAUCUUCAUCGGACAGCGCCCGCACGACCACCUGCCAACCACAGACUACUGAUCUCAUCUGGGUGAUCCGAUCACCAUGCAUGCAAUCUCCUGUCCAUCAGUUCACUUCAGAAUCAGGGGGCGUCCAAAGAAUAAAAUCCAGCUAUUAAUUAGCUGCAUGCUAGGUCUUCUCGAUCCAUCUUCGUUCCACGUCCAUCCAACCAUGAGUGUGUUUAUUUUAUUACGAUCAUAGUAAAUUACGACAUACAAGAAUGGGCAUAUACAAGAAUGGGCAUAUCGACUACAUUGUUGUCUGAAAAUCAUUCAAAUUAUUGUAACCAUUCUAGCGUGUUGGAUGGACUAAUGUAGUCUGAAAAUGAUUCAAGUUAUUGUAACCAUUCUAGCGUGUUGGAUGGACUGGUCGUGAAAUAACCUAUUCUAUGACCGACCGUAGAGUAUGUAUUGUAAUCUUUCUG